AUGCUUGUUGAAAGUUUGCUAUAUAUCACUCUUUUUUUUGCACUAGGAAUAAUCUUUUUAAUAUUUAGGGCAAUAAUUUAUCCUAAAAUUAGGCUAUUGCAACUCAAAAAAAAGUAUGGUGACAAAAUAUAAAUCGUUCAUCACUAUGGAACUGGACUACCUAUGGAGUAUAGGAAAGGAUUCGUUGAGAGAAAUGAUAGUAUGGCAUUUGUACGCAAGAUGGCAGCAGAAAAAACAAAUAAAAUGCAAGUUUUUGGUUUUAACAUUGGCUAUAAUGUUGGGUUAAGCUUUUUAGAUCCUGAACUUAUAAAGCAAGUUCAUUAAAGCCAUGAUGCAUUUUAGAAGAUAAAUAUAAGCCAGGCAUUUAAUUACCUUUUUUCUGAUUCUCUUUUUUAUGCUACUGGCAAGAAUUGGCAAAGAUAGAGAUAAUUUUUAGGAAAGUCAUUUCAUUUUGAUGAAAUUAGAAACUAUUUGCCUUCAAUUAAAGAAUUGUGUUCAAAAGUUACGGAUUAAUUAAAUAAAGAUUUGAAAGCAAAUCCACAGUAAGAAAUCUAAGUAAUUAAUGUGUGCGAAAAAAUAACAUCUGAAGUUGUUUUCAGAGUAUUUUUUGGAUCAACACAAGAAAACAUGAUGAUCACAAGAGAAGAUGGCUCUCAGCUGCAUUUAUCUGAAGAGCUGGUCUCUUUAAUUAUGGAUUCUUUUCGUAUCCUCCAAUAAAACAAGCUACUUCUACUAAAAAAUCUAAUAUUAAAAUCUUACAGCUUUAAAAUUUUCCCUCUCAAAGAAGAAAAAUGGCUACUCAAUCGUUUAGUUUAGGUCAAGGCUGCUUGCGAAAAAGUCGUCUUAAAGAGAAAAGAAGAGCUUUAACAAAAUUUGGAUUAGUAUAAAAAUAAUUUCCUAGACUUAUACUUGAAAGAGAUGAUUGAAAACAAAAAUUCUGGCAUUACAUAUGAUGAAAUUAUAGCAAAUUUCUGUGGUCUAUUUUUUGCUGGAACAGAUACAACUGGAAAUAUGACUGGCGUUGCUUUAUAUUAUCUUUCUUUGAAUCCUUAAAUUUAAAAAGAAGCUAGAGAUGAAGUGAUUAGAGUAAUAUCUAAGAAAAAUUAAGACAUUAAGGGCAAUGACUUGUUUAGCUCUUUAUAAUUUGAAGAUCUUUCAAACAUGAAUCUCUGUAAUUCUAUUCUAAAAGAAUCAUUGCGACUAAUUCCACCUGCAUUUGGAGUUUUUCCUAGAUAUGUUACUAGAGACAUAAAAAUAGGACAAUACGAACUGAAAAAAGGAGAUCUUGUUAACACUCAUUUUAUUUAUAACUAGUCUAAUCCUUAAACAUUUACAAAUCCAGACAAAUUCGAUCCAUAUAGAUGGAUGAAUGGAAAUGAAUCAUAAAAUGCCUUUAACUUCACUCCUUUUUCUUUGGGUCCAAGGAAUUGCAUAGGACAACACUUGGCCAUGAUUGAGGGUAAAUGCAUGUUGGCUAACUUCUUACUUAACUAUGAUAUUUUACCAAACGAAUCCUAAAAAGUCUAAUUAGAAAUGAAAAUUAUUUAUGGAUUUUCACAAGACAAUUUAGUUUAUUUUAAAAAGAGAUAAUAAUGA